GUUUUCGAACGCAGCCCAGCAGUGCCGUGUAGUGAUGGACAGGUGGAGUCGUGGUGUCGACGUAUUCAAGAUGGCGAACACGGUGAACGAAGUUAUGGCACAGGCGAACGAAAACUUAACGGAAUACCAAAAUGUAAAUGCAACGAGAACGCCGUCGACGCCCGAAGGAAUGGCGAUUGCGUACGGUAGCCUCAUUAUUAUGGCGAUUCUGCCAAUUUUCCUUGGUAGCUAUCGUGCAGUCAAACACCAUAAGGAACAGCAGCAAUUGUAUAAAACUAGUGGCGAGCAACCUGACACGAUGUCUCGCAGAGAAGCUGCCAUGUUUCCUCUCAUCUCCAGUAUUACUUUAGUUGGAUUGUAUAUACUAUAUAAGGUAUUUGCGAAAGAGUACGUUAAUCUGAUAUUGGCUGGAUAUUUCUUCUUUCUCGGUAUUCUAGCUUUGUGUCAUCUUACGAGCCCAUUGAUUUCGUCGUUGGUACCUGCUGCGAUUCCAAAAACGCAGUAUCAUAUUUUAUUUACGCAAGGAAAGGACGAUAAAGAGGAACAUAUAAUUAACUACAAGUUUAAUCUUCAUGACAUUGUGUGUCUCGUGUGCUGCUCGCUCGUGGGUGCCUGGUAUCUUCUGAAAAAACACUGGAUAGCCAACAAUCUGUUUGGCAUAGCGUUUGCUAUUAACGGAGUCGAAUUGUUACAUCUCACCAAUGUUGUGACUGGAUGCAUAUUACUUUGCGGUCUUCUGUUUUAUGAUGCAUUUUGGGUGUUUGGAACGGAUGUAAUGGUGACGGUCGCAAAGUCUUUCGAAGUACCCAUUAAGCUCGUAUUUCCACAAGAUCUUUUGGAAAAGGGCUUGAACGCUGGUAAUUUUGCCAUGUUGGGAUUAGGUGACAUCGUAUUGCCUGGUAUCUUUAUCGCGUUGCUUUUGCGAUUCGACAAUAGUUUGAGCAGGAAAACCAACGUCUACUUCUAUUCGACAUUUUUUGCAUACUUUAUGGGAUUACUCGCCACCAUAACGAUCAUGCACUUAUUUAAUCACGCACAACCUGCUCUGCUAUAUUUAGUACCUGCGUGUAUAGGUACGCCAUUGCUCUUGGCGUUAGUCAAGGGAGACCUCAAAGCACUGUUUUCGUACGAGGAUCAUCCGUCACCACCUGCGAAUGUGGCGCAACAUUCGGAACAAACGCAAGUAGAAGCGAAAAAAGAAAAAUAAUAUCUUGAUUUACUAUAAAGAGCAUACCGAUUUGCGAAAUUAUCUUGUAAUUAUCUUUCGAAUUUAUUGUGCGUAUGUGGUAAAAGAAAAACGAGUAAUAGUCGAUGGUUCGAGCUCAAAACAUACAAUCGUGCAUUGUCAAGUAUAAUAUCUUGUAAUUAUAUGUUGCAUAUACGUGAAUCGCAAGAUAUAUCGGGGUAUGAAACGAUUCGCAAUGAACAACGUUCGCGAAUAUCGCUUCGAUCUGAACGGGAAGAAUCCAGAACGUAAGAUUUAGGAAUGUGAUAACCAAGAGCGCCGUUUCAUUUGCAUGCGAAAGAAACGGUCUUUGUAUCACUCGUGUAUGAUAUCGACGAUCGACGUUUCGGGAUAGUGUUGGAAAAAAAGCACUGUUGUCCGGAAAAAUGUUAAAUGAUGAAACAGAAUUUCAUUGUGUCGUUACUUCACAGGCUUGAGACGGAAAGAGAGUAUGAAAAAGAGAAAAUGGAAUAAAAAUACUUCCAAUUGCUGAUUUAUAUUUCGUACGCAGUACGUAUGAGACUGCUUUAAGACGAGUUUACCUAAGUUUUGCGAUAUGUUACAAUUUGCGGUGCGUUGUAUAAUUCUAAAAUUUAAUUUGAUACAAGUUUCAAUUCCAGUUCCAGUUAUCUAUAAGUUUUUAUAAAUAUUCCAGAAUUUUUGACAACUUUUUUACCAUGUGUGAAUGGUAAUCGUGAAUUAUGAAUGUAAAAGUAAUUUUGUUUCCUUGUGACGCAUUAAACGAAUUAAUAUUAAGUAUAUUAGUAAGAAAUUAUUUCCUAUGAUAAAAUUAUUAUAACGAGAUAUUAAACAUGUACCUUUGUAGUACACAAACACUAUAUAUGUAUAUCCGAUAAUUAUCCAUUUCUCACAAAAAUUUUAUAUAUAUGUAUAUAGUAUAAUAUAUAUGUAUAAAAUUUGUGAGAUGGAUAUUUAUCGAAUUUAUUAAAAUGAAUAUAAAUGUUUUGUCCAGAGAAAUAUAAUGUAUAUACAAAUUAAAAAUCUGUUAAAGUUGCACAAUUCUUUUUUAUUCGCGAAAAAAUUUGAAGGAAAAUUGUAACUCUAAUAAGAAUAAAAGAGGUAUUCUCGCUUUUUAUUCACUGUUA